UUCGCAGCGCGUAGUGUUUGGCGCCAGCAUUUUCGCGGGGAGUGAGGAUUGGACGUAUACAGCAACAACCUCGAUUAACGAUUAAAACAAAUACCCUUCCUUGUUUCACUAAUAGAAACUCCGCGUUGAUGAUAUCGGCUGUAUUUGUUGAUAGACCGUCUGCAACCCUAAGGUGAGAGAUCUCGAGUCAACAACACGUUAUGCCUGUUGGUUGAGAGGAUGAUGGCAGCGGUGCCUGUAUCUAGUGCCAGCAUCCUUCCACUUCUGGAGUGUCUGGAAGAUGAAGCAGCUGGGUUGUCGGAGCAUACAGAUGCCUACAUCACCAUAGCAAACCGCCUUAAUGGAGAGGAUGGCCGUCAGUUUCUGCCUGUAGUUGUAAAGCACUUUGCACGUCUUAGUAAAGUCCUUCUGGUGCACAUCUCCAGUGAGAAUGAGGAGCUGUGUCAAGCUGCCCUGCAGGCUUUGGGUUUCUGUGUCUUUCACUCGCACAUUGUUUCUGUUAUCCCAGCAAAUGUUUCAGAAGAGGUGCUCUCAACGCUCUGUAGUGUUGUUGUAAAAUCUAAAGAGAAAUUCACGUGUACCCGAGCAUUAUGGGUAAUUUCAAAACAAAAUUUCUCUCCGGAGGUGGUGGCUAAAAAGACGCCAGAAAUUCUUAAGAGCCUGGAGGCUAUGCAGACCAGAGAAGUUCAGUCGAUCCUCAUUGAUCAUGAGUCACUCAAUGUCAUCAUACGGUUACUGGAGCAGGCACCGUCUCAGAUGGCUGUUGGGGCAGUGUGCUGGGCCAAGCUGGUGGUUCCUUUGGUGGUUCACUCUGCCAAUAAAGUGCGUUUGCGUGCGGCAGCAGCCCUGGAGCUGGGUAUGCCUCUUCUCCUUGAGAAACAACAGGAGGUGGCUGCCAUUGUGGAGCCCAUGAUGUCCUCCGUGCUCAUCCCUGAAAUGCAGAAACUGUUUUCUUCUAAGAAUGAAACGAAUAUGCUGAAGCUCUGGUCUCUGUUUGUAAGGCUUCUUGGGAAGUUGCUCCACAAAGGCGGUGCUUUCAUUAACUCUCUGCUAUAUUUAGAGGAGUUGGGUUUCCGUAGCUCUUCUCCUAAUAUUAAGAAGAUUGCCUUCAUAGCUUGGAAAAGCCUUAUUGACAACUUUGCUCUUAAUCCAGAUAUUCUGUGCAGCAGUAAGCGUCUGAAGCUUCUUAUGCAACCACUCAGUUCCAUCCAUGUCCGGACCGAAGCUCUGAUGCUCACUAAGCUGGAGGUGUGGUGGUAUCUUGCCGUCAGACUUGGUCCUAACCUUUCUGCUAACUUUGAGCAGGUUGGCAUACCACUGCUGCAUAGCACACUUCCUCCUGAUUCUCCGCUGCAGUCUCCAGUUACACCUGCUCGAACCACUAACCCAACCAAUGGCACCCCUAACACCCCUAAAACAGGCAUCCCAUCCUGCAGCACACCAAGCGCUACUCCACGUAUGAAUCUAAACAGCAGUAUACAGGCAGCUCAGUCAUAUCGCUCCAUUCAGCUUCUGGGGCUGGAGAUGCUUCUGCACUGGCUCAUGGGUCCAGAAGUCACAGAUACAGCCGCUAAAGAAAAUCUUCAGCUCAACCUGGAUCCCCUGACACACCCGCUCCUCACCAGUCCUUCGUUCUUCUGCAGACAUUCCUCUGUCCUCAUCACAGCUGUCCAAGAUGGCUUAAUUUCUGUAGGAAAACAUGCACCAGAAUCACUUCUCAAUCUUGUUUGGAGAAGCCUCAUUGGUUUUGUUAGCACAGCAAUAGAAGCUGGUAAUAAGAAAGAGCGUCAGGGUUCAGAGGUCCUAACGCUACUUCUGCAGGCUUUGCAGUCCAUAUUGACCUCAGAUGUUCUGCCAGCGGAGCGUGCAUUGGUUCUUUUGGAAGCAACAGUUAAGGGAAUACCUCAGAAGGUUCUUGGUUCUGCAGCUUAUCAAGUGGCAAACAUGGAUGUUUUGAAUGGUACACCAGCCCUUUUCCUAAUACUGCUUUUCUACAAAAGUAGCCAGCUGCCAUCAUUUCUAGAAGAUGAAAGGUUUUUCUCCAGCCUGGAGACUCUUGUAAGCUGUGGGUUCUGUGGACCUACAUCUCCCUUGACUUUUGGAGAGGCCGUUUUAGGAGCGGCUAGUGGGAUUGUGGAGGCUGUUAAGAACAAGAAACAGCUCUGGAGGAUGUGGAGUGUGGUGAUUAACCUUCUGACUGACACCAUCACACAGACCAAUGAAGUAAAUCAAGGAGAUGCUUUGGAACAUAAUUUCAGUGCCAUUUACAGUGCCUUGAUGUUCCCUGUCAUUCACCUGUUGCCUGAUUCAGCCCUAUCCCAGACAACUCAGAAGUCCAUGAUCAGCACGUGGUCUAGACUUUAUAAAGCUUUUGCACGAUGCUCCGCUUUGGUGGCCACGGCAGAGGAGAAUGUAUGCUGCGAGGAGCUGUGUGCCAAGAUCUCCGCAUCUCUAGACACUGAGGCUCUAAAGAAUUUGUCUAUGCUGGAUGCAUUAGCAAAUAUCCUGCUCAUCAUUAUAGAAAGCCUGGACUUCUCUCCUUACACCCCUCAGUUCCAGCAGAAGAUGAAAUCUCCUCGGACUCCCUUGAGUUGGGUACGAAAGAGAAGCAAACCUCUGGGGCAUCUUUCCACCUACCACACUCUUCUCAGACAGAUGCUAGAUGCAUUUUUAUCUUCAGAGCCCUCAGAAGCAUCUGCAGAGUCGACCGUUGGCGUUUUAAAUGGACUCUGCUUGACACUGAUUUCCAUCUUGUCUAUACUUUUCACCAACAUCACACUGCCCACAUGCAUACAAGAGGUGCUGUCUACUGUCACCCAGCCACUUGCACGUCUCUAUGAAGAGUACUCGAGAUUUGAUGAGCAGUCAAAGCCCAGUGUUACGCUAGAACCCAAGUUGGAGAAACUGGCCACAGACUUGCUUGGCUGCCUUCAGACACACUUAACUUUGUUUGACGAUGAACUGCUUGCUGGAUUGUCCCCUUUGCUUUGUGUGUUUUUCCCACACAAGAUCAAGCAAAUUCGCAUUAUGGUCACUAAUUUCUGGAAUGCCACCUUUGGAAAUGCAGUGGCCUUAACUUACCCCGAGGCUCUUAGUGUUGUUUUAAGUCAAGCUAAGCAGAGGACUCCAUUGAUUUUACCUGGAUUUGAAGUCGUUGAUAAUCCAGAUGAUUGCAGUGGACCGUAUUCGAGCGAGAGUUCUCAGAUGGACCCUCAGAUAAGCGGUGUAAAUGUGACCUCUGUUGGAAAGAGGGACUCACUGUUGGCUAGGGCUGAAGAGCUGAAAGGAAGAAGCUCUGUAACUGGAACAAAACCUGUGUCUAUGAAACUGGAUUUUGGAUCCCCCAAGCCACGGAAACGUGAAGCUAUUGAAGAAGAGGCAUCGGUGGAUUUUGUUUUUAUUCCCCCUGAGACAAAAGAGAAGAGAGUGCUGACUGAACACCAGAAAGAAGUAAAAAGGACCAAAAGGGUUGAUAUUCCUGCCCUGUACAAUAAUCUGGAUGCCUCUAUGGACACCACAGUCUUUACGCAAUACUCUCAAAGUCAGGAGGAGUCCAUAGACAAAUUAACAACAGAUGAUAAUGAUAAAACUAAGGAAGAUGAUAAGGUUCAGUUGGAGGAGAUUGGCCCAGUUGAGGAACCAACCACAGAUGUUAAGAUGACUCAAGAUGGCACCUCAUCAGAUGCAAAAACACCAGAGAAACCUGCACAGAUUGAAAAUCAGACUUCAGAGAAAACUGAGACACCAAUUCGUGAUGUAUCAGCUGAUGCGAGCGGGCAUGAGAAAAGUGUAUUAGAUUCAUCCAGCCCUAAUGUUUCGAGUUCUUCAGAUAUGAUAUCAGGUACGCCACCUAAACCGAACAGCAGACGGCAGUCUUUCAUAACCUUGGAGAAAUAUGUUGAGGGAAAGCCAGCAAGUCCCAUGAGUGAUGCUAAAUUUACUGGUCCACUCACUCGGAGAUCGAAUCGACUAGAUGCCUUAAAGUCAUCGCAGUCUUCUCCACCUGCCUCUCUUGACUCACAACCUCAGACUACAAAAGAAGACUCGGAAAAACCUCAAGGGAUUAGCACUACUGAGAAUGAGCAAGAAAAAAUGGAGGUAGAAGAUGAGGUUAAAUCAUCAAGUCAUCCUUCUCAAAGCGCAGAUGAGGAAGAGGAUGAUGUGGUCCCUGAUACUCAGACCCAAGUAUCAGUUGAAGCACUGGAGGAUAAGGACAAUUUUUCCCAAGCAAAUGUAGAGGAAAUGACAUCUGUCGAAUUUGAUAAAUCCUCUUCUGGAGAAGAAUCCCAGAUUUUUUCUAACUCGCAAACUUCUAGUCAAGAACCAAGAAGGUCAGGUAGACGUCGUAGUAGACCUCUUCGCCCAGGUGAGGAUCCGACGGAAAGGGAGCAGAGCUCCAACAAAUCUCAAGAAACAGUCAGUCAGAAUGUAGAUUCUGCACAGACAAAUAUACAGAAGGCAACACUUACUCAAACAAAUACUACGUUGCCUGGAAGAGGAAGGAGAAGUAGAGUUCUUGAAGAGACAAAAACUGGAGGAAAAGGAGAACUUGGACACACUGAUUCCCAGAUUUCUUCUGCUGAAUCUUCACAAGCACUUUCACAGGGAGUCGAUAUGUGUGGUCAUGAAGAGCUUAGCCAGACUGAGUCCUCUCAUGAGGAGGGCAAAUCUAUGGCUCUGUCACCCAGCAGGACUACGAGGAAAACUAGACAGCACCACGUCAGUCCUGAGGGAUCCACAGACAAGAGGGAAAAAGAUGAAAAAUCUGAAAAUUCUCAAAAUGCAACAUCCACUUUGAGAACGAGACUUUCACAUAAACUUGUUUCCAGUACAGAGACCGAUAGCCAGCAAACUGGCAGAUUGCGAAGAUCGAGGAGGUCCGCUGCAGCUGAAAUGGACACAGCUGGAUCACAGAGCAAAGAUCAGGAUGUAAAUGACUCCCAAACACCGUUGAAGGGCAGAGCUACAAGACGAAGAAAUGCAGAGGAAGGGAUUAACACUAGUAGCGAUGCUACAUCAACCGUCUCUGUAAAUACUGAGAAUUCACAGGCUGAAGAAUUAACCGGGUCGAUAGAUUCUUCCCAAGGACGUGGUAGAUACCGAACUCGAUUGUCUAAAGGUUUGCUAUCCCCGACUGACAAUAACGAGUCAGAGAGCUCUGAUAGCAAAGAAGAUGGACCAAGGCCUAAAAAGAGACCAAGAAAUCCACUACCCACAGAGGUGUUACCAUCCACCACCAAUAUUCCUGAGAUGGUGCAGAAUAAGGAGGAUGUUCACUCGGAAACCUCCAUGUUAAAGGUUGCGGCAGAUCCUGAGCAGAGUUUAGUUGAUGUUUCUGUCAGUGAGGCCAAAGAAUUCGGGCAAGGAGAUGAAAAUGCGCCUGCAGUUGAGAACUUGAAUACCUCUAAAAAAGAAAUCGAUCAAGAAAAUCAAAGUGACACAGAGUUAAAAAUGGAAGUGGAACCAAAAACAAAAGAGGUCAUCUGUAUGCCUAUUGAUGACAAGGCUGAGGUUGAAGCAACAACAUCUUCUUCAGAAAAUAAACCAGUUGGAACUGAAGAUUUAAAUGUGAAGGUUGAAAGACGGCAUAAAUGCCCUCAUACCAGGGGACGGGGUCGUGGCCGUAGACGUUCUAAAAACUGUAACUGCUUUUCAAACCGUGGUGUGUUGCAAGACAGUGACUCGCAAGCAUCGCAGGAUCUAAAAAAUGAACAAGUUGAUGCCUCACAAUCUGAUCAGUCCAUGUCUGUAUCGAAGGAAAACCAAUGCACAGAAAAUGCAGAUGUUGUUCAUGAUGCAACAGACAUGCAGUCAUCUUCAGACAUGCCUGAUCAACUCCCAUCUGAAGUUUUGUCUUCUGAAAGCCCUGAAAAGAAGCUUGGUGUAACUGCAUCUCAGCUGUCUAAAGCAGAGGAAGAACCAAACCUAGAAUCAACAAACUCAACGGAUGAAUCCGGGAAGGAGUCUGCAGAAGAGCUUGAUGCGAGUCGGUUAGAGGGUUUAAAAAGCACAGACGUUCAAGAGCACAAAGAUGAAGUGGAUAGUUCAGAAAAUGCUCCAGGAAGUCAAGAAGCACUUCAAAGUUCAACACCUCAGGACACGUCUCCAAGCAAAGGUCAUCCGGUGGAAGAUGCACCUAUAUGUCAAGAGCAACUAGAGUCCUCCCAUGUCCAGCAGGCGGUGGAGGAAAGUGAAAACCUCAAUAUUGCAGAGAAAAGUGAAGAAAAAGCAGAUGAAGUAGACAAGGAUAUUGCUUUUGAGAAAGAUGCUCAAGAUAGGCAGGUAGAAAAGCAGGAUCUUCCUGCAGAUGUACAAGAAACUGCUUCUGAUGCUGUUAAAGAGUCAUCUGUCCCUCUGCAAAGCAGUACAUGUGAUGUCUGCUUGGAUUCUCCACCCAAGCACAAACCUUUAGAUGCCAUUGCUGGAGAGCUAGAGCCUGGCCAAAGCCCGAGUAGAAACAAAACUCGUGCAUGGUCACCAUCUGCUUCUCCAUCCACCAGCAUUCUGAAGAAGGGACAGAAGAGAUCUUGUGAUGAAGAUACUCCCUCCCCACUUCUGAAGUCUCGUCGAGUUUCUUUUGCAACUCCAAUUUACCAACAAGAAUUGGCUGAUGACAUCGAUCGACGUAGUCCGGUUAUUCGCACCAGCUCACCGAGGUCAAAAGUCUUGAGUGUACAGCCAAAGUAUAUUACUACGCCCACAAAAGGCUUUUCAAAUCUUAGCCCACGUAACCUCAGAAGCCCUGGGUACAAAAGUUCAAAGAAAUGCUUGAUUUCAGAGAUGAGCCAGGAGCCACGGCCUAUUGCUAAGGAUUGUGUUUACCCAGCACUGGUUGGCUGCUCUACCCCUGUAGAAGCUGUUUUACCACAGAUAUCGUCUAACAUGUGGCCUCGUGGCUUCGGUCAGCUGGUCCGUGCCAGGAACAUUAAAACAGUUGGAGACCUGAGUGCCCUUACCCCCAAUGAAAUCAAGUCACUUCCCAUCCGUUCACCUAAAUUGUCCAACGUGAGGAAAGCACUUAAAACCUAUCAUGAACAACAGAAAAAAGGACGUUCUGAUGAACUCAAGAGUUUUGACGAAAUGGAAAAGAUGACAUCAGAAGACACGGAGCUUCCACAAAACCAAGAUGAGGAGCAAACACCAGGAGAACCUCAGGUUUCUGCAGAUGACAAACCCACAGAAGAUAAUGUAGAUGCAGGACAGUUAACUAAGGAGAACAAAGCGGAUGGUUUGCUGUCAGAUGUUGUAGCGCUUGGUGAACGUCUAAUCCCAGAGAUGCUUGGUCACUGUUCACCCAACCAGUUGGGCCUGAUGCACGAACAUCUGAGUGGAAUGAUGAGAAACAUUGUAGUCCAUCUUCAGUCCCGCCUGCCGGGUAACCUUGAUGAUAGCCUGCCAUGAGGACACCAUUUUUAUGUUCAAGACUUUUAUUUCUAACUUGAAGAUUCGCAGUGGACUGCUCGUUAGUUUUAGCUUAAAUUUUAGACGAUUCAAUACAAAUUAUGCUCUUUCAGAGGACAGCUUCUUAAGUGAGUGUUGAAUAUUAGGCCUUUAUGUAUUUUAUGGAUACAGAGUGGUUGAUUUUUAAGACUGUAUAUUGUACUGAGAUGCCAAGGAAACCUUUUUUAUUUUGAAAAAAUAAAGCUAUAGUAUUA